GUGCCUUUUUCGUCGUCCUCCAGAGUGGUCCUGUCACGGGAGUUCUAGUGCUUUGCCAAACGUCAACAAAUCGGUGUGGUCGCGUGUGCAAUGUUUGCCUUUUGGAUGUGUUCUUGAUUUAUGGUUCCCGAAAUUUGCAUCAUCCCAGCAGGUGCGCCGAGGGGCUCGUCAGCAACGGAGUAAACAAAAAGUGUAAAGUUUAGAGUGAUCCAGCUGUUGAAUGCUGCCUCUCUAGGUCCAUUUUAAAGAGCCUGCUAGCGCUUUAAAUCCACCAGUUAAUGUUUCAAAACUUAUUCCACUGCAAUAUGAAAAGUCGGGAGUUGAUUGUAUUUCGUUUUUUUCAACGAAGGUCUAGCAGCAGACCACAAAUGGAUUAUGCAAAUUAUGCUGCUAGGGACUUUAUGGAACGGUUCUGCCCACCUCAUAAUCAAUACGGAAAGUGAAUAUUAAAAUUUGUGUCAAAAUCCUGUCAUACUCGAAAAUUUGUGCCACAUUCAACGUCAAGCCAAACGAAGGAAAAAUGAGGAAAAGUGCGAAUAGUUUAUCACCGAUCUCACCGCUGCCGAAUACACCCCCACCGCAACGGACUUCGCUGGGGGGACCAACGUCACCCAGCCUUUCGCCACCGAGCUCUGCGCACCUGCCGAGCUCAGCCUCCCGGCCGACUCUCAGCAUCAACAACACCUCCAGCAAUCGCUGCAGUAGUCUUCUGUUUGCCGACGAAACCACCCCCGUCACCUCGCCGCUGCCAAACAUCCUCUGUCCGCAGGAGAUCUACACCAUCUUCAGCCGGGCGGACAGUGGUGCGGAAACCGGACCGGCGGCUAACGCACCCCCGAUCGAAUCUUCCCGCCUAACGACCAACAAUCAUAGGAAUUCCUUCUUCCUGGCAAACAAUGCAAGCGUCGGUGGGAAGUCCCGAUCCCGACGGUCCUCGGAGCUAUCGCAAAGCAACCGCGGGGAUCGGUCGGCAUCCGCGUCGAUGAAAUCGCACGGUUCGGGGACCGGGAAGAAACGCACCUCAACGCACAUCGAGAUGAACGCGAACGUGGAAAGGCCCCGCUGUUUGAAGUCGUCGUUUCUGCGGCGGAAGUGUAAGGAGUAUGCAGAUGAUGACGAUGCCACAACCUCCGGGGUAACGUUGGAAGAUAGUGAUAAGAGGGCGAUACUGUUGAAUAAACCUCAACAACAAAAGUACUGCAACAAUCAUAUCUCGACAGCGAAGUAUAGCGCAAUAAGUUUUAUACCGUCGUUUUUGUUCGAACAGUUCCGUCGGUAUUCGAACUGUUUCUUUCUGUUCAUCGCCCUGCUGCAGCAGAUCCCGGAUGUCUCGCCAACCGGUCGCUACACCACCCUAGUACCUUUAAUAUUUAUUUUAUCUGUGAGUGCCCUCAAAGAGAUCGUCGAGGACAUCAAGCGGCACCGGGCCGACGAUGAGAUCAACCAUCGCGAAAUUGAAACUCUGCAGGGCGGCCAUUGGCGAUGGAUCAAGUGGAAAGAGCUGUCCGUCGGGGAUAUCGUCAAGGUGCAGAACAACACCUUCUUCCCGGCCGAUUUGGUCCAGCUGUCCUCGAGCGAACCGCAGGGCAUAUCCUUCAUCGAAACGUCCAACUUGGACGGGGAGACGAAUCUCAAGAUUCGCCAGGGCGUUCCCACAACGGCUAAAAUCCUGGAGACUAGAGAUUUCAACCAGUUUUCCGGUACGUUGGAGAGCGAACAACCCAACCGGCUCUUGUACGAGUUCAAUGGGGUGCUGAAAGAGACCGGUAAAGCCGCGGUCGCCCUCGGUCCGGAUCAGCUGCUGCUUCGGGGUGCAAUGCUGCGCAACACCUCUUGGAUAUUCGGCAUCGUUAUCUACACCGGUCACGACACAAAACUUAUGCGAAACUCUACCUCAGCGCCUCUCAAGCGCUCAACUGUUGACAGACUGACAAAUACGCAAAUUUUAAUGUUAUUUUUCAUUCUCGUGUUUCUGUGCAUCUUCAGUUGCAUUGCUAAUCAAAUUUGGACUAAACAGCAUUACAAAACCGAUUGGUAUCUAGGCAUAGGCGAUCUACUAAGUAAAAACUUUGCCUACAAUCUUCUUACGUUCAUUAUUUUGUACAACAAUUUGAUUCCGAUAUCGCUUCAAGUUACUCUAGAGUUAGUUAGGUUUCUUCAGGCAAUCUUUAUCAACAUGGACAUCGACAUGUAUCACGAGGAAUCGGAUACCCCGGCGAUGGCUCGAACGUCCAACCUGAAUGAGGAACUCGGUAUGGUCAAGUACAUUUUCUCAGACAAAACUGGCACACUGACGCGAAACGUGAUGGAGUUUAAGAAAUGUUCCGUUGCAAGGACCAUCUACAAUACGGAGGAUAAUCCAGCCCAGUCACAAUUAGUUCAGCACAUUCUGAACAACCACCAUACGGCUGCCAUUCUGCGGGAGUUCCUCACACUGAUGGCCAUCUGUCACACAGUUAUACCGGAGAAAUCCGACAGCGACAAUAUUAACUACCACGCAGCCAGUCCGGACGAGCGAGCGCUGGUCUACGGGGCGAAAAAGUUUGGCUACGUAUUCCACACCCGCACGCCCAACUACGUCGAGAUCGAAGCCCUCGGAGUGCAGGAGCGGUUUGAAAUACUGAACGUACUCGAGUUCACCUCAACGCGCAAACGAAUGUCGGUUAUCGCGAGGAACGCCAAGGGGGAAAUCAAACUGUACUGCAAGGGAGCGGAUACGGUGAUCUACGAACGGUUGGCCGUAAACGGUCAAGUUUAUCGGGACUCUACACUCCAACAUCUGGAAGAAUUUGCCACCGAAGGUCUACGGACACUAUGCUGCGCGGUGGCCGUCAUUCCCGACGAUGUGUACGACGAUUGGAAGCAAACGUACCACAAGGCGUCGACUUCACUGCAAUACCGGGAACAGAAAGUCGACGAUGCUGCGAAUCUCAUCGAAACCAAUCUGAUGCUACUGGGGGCCACCGCUAUUGAGGACAAACUACAAGACGGUGUACCUGAAACGAUUGCCUCACUGAUCGAGGCCAAAAUUAACGUUUGGGUGCUGACUGGCGAUAAGCAGGAGACUGCAAUCAACAUAGGUUAUUCGUGCAAGUUGCUAUCGCACGGCAUGGACUUAAUUAUUUUAAACGAAGAUAGCUUAGAUAACACACGAAAUUGCAUCCAGAGGCACAUAGCGGACUUAGGCGACCAGCUGCGAAAGGAAAACAACGUUGCGCUGAUAGUGGACGGCAAAACGCUAAAGUAUGCACUCAGCUGCGAUUUGCGGACGGAUUUUCUAGAUUUGUGCAUUUCUUGCAAAGUGGUCAUCUGCUGUCGGGUGUCGCCAAUCCAAAAAGCAGAAGUAGUGGAGCUGGUCACUACCAACACGAAAUCGGUGACGCUUGCCAUCGGCGAUGGUGCAAACGACGUUGCCAUGAUUCAAAAAGCUCACGUCGGAGUGGGCAUUUCCGGCGUGGAAGGACUGCAGGCGGCAUGCGCGUCCGAUUAUUCGAUAGCACAAUUUAGUUAUCUACGAAAGCUACUGUUGGUUCACGGAGCGUGGAACUACAGCCGAGUGUGUAAGCUGAUUCUAUACAGUUUCUAUAAAAACGUCUGUCUGUACGUGAUAGAGCUGUGGUUUGCAAUGUACUCUGGGUGGUCUGGCCAAAUAUUAUUCGAACGUUGGACAAUCGGUUUAUACAAUGUGUUUUUCACUGCAUUGCCUCCAUUUGCGAUGGGUCUCUUCGAUAAGGUGACAUCCGCGGAGCAAAUGUUAAAAGAACCAAGGCUUUACGCACCAUCCCAAAGUGCCCAACUAUUUAACGUUAAAGUAUUCUGGUACUGGAUCCUAAACGCUCUGGUCCACUCGUUGCUGUUAUAUUGGCUGCCAAAAUUCUCCUACGAGGGUGACGUGAUCUGGGGGAACGGACGGGACGGUGGUUAUUUAGUGUUAGGGAAUAUAGUUUAUACUUACGUAGUUGUUACGGUGUGUCUGAAAGCGGGUCUGCUGACAAACUCCUGGACGUGGCUGACGCAUUGCUCCAUUUGGGGCUCGAUUUUGCUCUGGUUUGUGUUUAUCUAUAUUUAUAGUAAUAUCUGGCCAGCGCUGCCGGUUGGUGCGGUAUUUACCGGCAUGGAUGAUAUGAUUUUCUCAUCACCCGCAUUUUGGUUAGGUUUAUUCCUGAUACCUAUUACGGCACUGUUACCCGACGUCGUGGUUAAAGUGAUACUAAACCGAAACCAGGAUAUCGCCGCCCCUCACCCCAUCAAGGAAUCGCGUUCUUCAUCGAGCCCGGAGUUAUCGGUUACGCACGUAACAGUUGCGAUAUCAACACACAUGAAAGUUGAAAAAUACAGAUUAACCGAAACCGCCCGCCUACUAAAGCGAAACGUACGAAGAGUCUUUACCGGCCGGUCGCACACAACCGAAACUAAAGAACUAGAACUGAAGCAUGGUUUCGCUUUCUCCCAGGAGGAAGGUGGAACCGUAACGCAGACCGACGUCAUCCGAGCCUACGACACCAAUCUGCCCAAACCGGAUGGGAACUGAGAGUGCCGACACGAUUUCUGCUACGAAAACUAUUUUUCCGUGUGCUGAAGCGGAAACGCAGGGGGCACCACCAUCACCCCAACAACAACAACAGCCGCCGCCGGAAGCAGCAUCUGAGCCUACUAUGAUCAUCACACAGGGGGGAGGGGAGGAUGUUGCUUAUGGUCAACUGGUGUGCGUUCCGCCAAAUUUUAAGGCCUUUCAUGCUUUUAGGUAUACUACUGAAAAUCUCAACAGUAACUUAUGCGUAAGUAUGUUUGUGUAAUUGUGUGUAAUGUAAACAAAAAACACUAUUAUUUAUAUAUGUACGCAUGUCGGAAAGAAUACAAACAGACGGAUGUAGAUCGGUCAAAGGAGGUAUAUUUAUACUAGAGGAGUAGUAGAUUAUUUAUUUUUCGUCAAGUAAUGUGUAGUGAAUAUUUAUAGUCGUUAGGAUUAGUUAGGCGCAAAGUGAAGCGGUAAUGUUUCCUGAGUGCCGGGGAAAAAUUGAAUCAUUAAUAACAAGAAGAAAGUAUUAUUUUUGUAUCAAAAAUGAAUCAAUUAUACAAAUUGUAAGCUUUUGUCUUGUUUAAUAACUUAUCUUAAUUUCAAACGUUUAUCUUCAACCGAAAGCUUUUCUACUCUACUCUAAGUUUAGUUUUCUACGAAAACAAGUUAACAUUUGGAAUAAAAAGGGUAAGCCAAAAACUAGGGAAUCUAUAAUAAACCAUACUUUACCAGACACCUUCAAGAUCCAAUAUCCUAAAUCAAAAACGAAAAAAAGUAAAACAUUUGGUAUCGCCUUGACCGAAACUAAUCUACGAUUGAAACACAACCUUAUCUAGCAGUACACAAUGUUAUCACCAAUAACAAACUACACAAAGAAAAACCUUAACAAAACUGAUCAAAUUGAAAAUCUGUGAAGUGAAAUGUGAAUAUAAUAGAUUAAAAUGAGGCAAAACUAUCACCAAAAUCAGUAGAUACCGUGGGUAUGAUUUUAGCCCUGCCGAUGGAACUAUCUGUCCGAGAGGCGAUGGCUACAAUCGACUAUAGGAUAUAUAGGAAUACAGAAACUUUAAAAUCUUGGUUAAUGUUUGUUGAUGGAACAUUUAAGAACUGUCAAAUAUAAUAAAUAUUAUCUGGAAAAUUGCAGUUAUGUA